AUGGCUAGUUGUUAUGCGCAGAUUGAUCAAUGGAUGGCUCUGAGUCAGACAAAUAGACUCGUUCAAUACUUUGUUUUUUUCAAUGAUGGUGAUAAAACACCAGAUGCGAAUAAAGUAAUUGGAUCUACAGGUGGUAUCUAUGGCGUACACACAAGUGAAGGGAUUGUGAAAGUGUUGGAAACCUUGAAGACAGCUAAAUCGAGUGGAAGUGGUGGUGAUGGUCCUGAAAAUGAUAUUGAAGCAAUUCUCUACACAAUCGCCAAUUGUCCUACAUGCGAAAAUAUUAUUCACAUUGCUGAUAAUCAAGUGACACCAAGAGAUAUGAGUCUCUUAAAUAAAGUUACAAAACCGAUUAAAGUCAUUGUCUGUAAACUCGCCGCAGGUACCUUGGUAAAUGAAAAAUUGUUGGAUGUUGCCUAUAAAACUGGUGGUUCUUUGCAUACACUUGAUUCAGACAUCGAAACAUUGGGAAGUUUGAACGUUAAUGAUACAAUCAAAGUGGGUGCAGGCACUUAUCGACUAAAUGCAAGUGGAUUUGUACGAAUUGCUUGA